GUGGGCGCGGUCGGGGCGGGCGAGAUCGGCGCGGCGCCGGCGCGGGCGUUCAUAGAUUUACCGAGUCGGCUCCACAACAGAUACUUCUUCGUGAGGCACGGAGAAUCGGUGCUGGACGUGCGGAACGGGGGGAUGAUUUUGAGUAACCCGAGCUUCAAGUACGACACCACGUUCGGGCUGACGGCGAGAGGCCGAGCGCAGAUGCAAGAGGCGGCGAAGACUAUUUUAAGGGAUUUCGACGGCGCGCCGGCGUGGUUGUACACGUCGAAUUUUCAGCGGUCGUUUCAAAGCGCGUUGGUGCUCAGGGAAGAGAUCGGGCUGUUGUUUUCGCAGAUGCGCACCGAGUUUAGCGGGUUAUUAGAUCCGAGAAAGAUGGGUGCGUUGGAUUUCGGCUCGCAAGAGGCGUGGGUUGACGUUUGGAAGAACGAUUUCGACGACCCCUCCUCGACGCCGCCUCCGGUGCCGAGUUCGUUGCAACCGUCGGCGAGCGUGGAGUCGUGCUUAGACAUUUAUCGACGCGCCCUCGAGGCGUUCACGCGUCUCGAAGCCACGUAUUACGGCGAAGACAUCAUCAUCGUCUCCCAUCAGGACACCCUCAGCGUCUUCGCCGCCGCGUUGAACGGCACCGACCUCUCCCGCCACCACCUCGACUACCCGUUCGAGCUCGGGCAGGUUCGAUGCGUCGACCUGACCGUGCCCCCUCGCGACGGUUCGAUCGCCCCGACUGAUCUUCGCGGCGAUUACGCCGUCGGCGACAGCGCGAUUAAUUAUUCCUCGUCGUCGACCGCGGCGUAG